CCCUGGGCUGGCUGGCUAUUGUUGCAGUUGUUAAGUUAUCGAUUUUCUUACUUAACUACACGGUUUAGAUCCGAGGAGUUUGGGGAAUCCUAAUUCCGAACAAGCAAAAACGAGCAAGCAAGCAAGGUAGCUAAAACUCUCUUCUUCAAGCCCAUCCUCUCAUCGCCGAUCAUCAGUCAUGGCUGGACUAGCACCAGAAGGAUCCCAGUUUGAUGCGAAACACUAUGAUGCCAAAAUGAAUGAAUUACUCACAACUGAAGGAGAGGAAUUUUUCACAUCCUAUGAUGAAGUUUAUGAUAGUUUUGAUUCUAUGGGUUUGCAAGAGAAUCUUCUGAGGGGCAUCUAUGCUUAUGGUUUUGAAAAGCCCUCAGCAAUCCAGCAGCGAGGAAUUGUUCCCUUCUGCAAAGGACUUGAUGUUAUUCAACAGGCUCAAUCUGGAACAGGGAAAACUGCAACUUUCUGUUCUGGUAUUCUCCAACAACUUGAUUAUGGUUUGGUGGAGUGCCAGGCCUUGGUCCUGGCACCCACUCGGGAGCUUGCACAACAGAUUGAAAAGGUUAUGCGGGCACUUGGAGAUUAUCUUGGUGUCAAGGUACAUGCCUGUGUUGGUGGGACCAGUGUCCGUGAAGAUCAACGCAUUCUUUCAAGUGGAGUGCAUGUUGUUGUUGGCACUCCUGGCCGUGUAUUUGACAUGCUGCGAAGACAGUCACUUCGUCCUGAUUACAUCAGGAUGUUUGUGUUGGACGAGGCAGAUGAAAUGCUUUCACGUGGUUUCAAGGAUCAGAUUUAUGAUAUUUUUCAGCUUCUGCCAUCAAAAAUUCAAGUUGGUGUGUUCUCUGCCACAAUGCCACCGGAGGCUUUAGAGAUCACAAGGAAGUUUAUGAACAAACCUGUGAGGAUUCUUGUAAAGCGUGAUGAGCUCACCUUGGAGGGUAUAAAGCAGUUUCAUGUCAAUGUGGAGAAGGAGGAAUGGAAGCUUGAGACACUAUGUGAUCUCUAUGAAACCUUAGCCAUUACCCAAAGUGUUAUUUUUGUGAACACUAGACGUAAGGUUGAUUGGCUGACGGACAAGAUGCGGAGUAGAGACCACACUGUCUCUGCCACUCAUGGUGAUAUGGACCAGAACACAAGAGAUAUCAUAAUGCGUGAAUUUCGAUCUGGGUCAUCUCGUGUUCUAAUCACCACUGAUCUUUUGGCUCGUGGCAUUGAUGUCCAGCAAGUGUCCCUUGUUAUAAAUUAUGAUCUUCCUACCCAGCCAGAGAACUAUCUCCACCGAAUUGGACGUGGUGGACGGUUCGGGAGGAAAGGUGUUGCUAUCAAUUUUGUGACAAAGGAUGAUGACAGGAUGCUGUUUGACAUCCAGAGGUUCUAUAAUGUGGUGAUCGAGGAGCUGCCAUCAAAUGUUGCUGAUCUUCUCUAAUGAGGUUUUUGUAUUCCAUUAUUAGUUGAGAGACAAAUCCCUGGAAUUUGUUGUGUUCGUUUUUAAAUUCUUGUUUUAUAGGUCUAGUUCUAGCAUCUAUCUAAAUUUGACUGCCUAUCAGUAAGUGAUAUUUGAUUCUCAAAUCUUAAAUUUAGCAAUGCUGCUAAAUAUGGCAUUGUGGAUUUUUGUUGCACAUGUUCUGAUAAUGGAGAUAUGAUGGAUUAUCAUGC